AUGCGAGGUUUCCAGUCAGUCGCACGGGGAACGUCGCGGCGAUCGGACGAGCCCACAUGCCACGCGCUUUCACAACCACCGUAUUCACGAUAUCAUUUACGAUAAUCCGCGUGUAAAAAUUUGUGUACCGUGAAUAUUAAAGUGUUAAUUCGGACCGAUGUGAUUGGAUACUAGAAAUAUGAUCGGUUAAUCCAGACUUUUAUUUACACGUGAAAAAAUAAACUUUCUAAAUGAAGAUGACUGUAAAUCGUAUAAGGGUAGUGGUGCUCGGAAGCCCGCGGAGCGGGAAAUCGGCGGUGGUUGUGCGAUAUCUUACAAAACGGUACAUCGGAGAGUACAGCUCGACAGGGGAUUUCCUCUACCAACAUAGAGUAGCAUUCGAUGGAGCGGUUUCAGAAGUAGAAAUAUUGGACACCUCAAAUUGCGCGAUUCGUGGUUGCAUCGGCGAUCACGUACGAUGGGGCGAUGCGUUCGCGGUGGUGUACUCUGUGUGCGAACGGCGUUCGUUCGUGGCGGCUGCCGAGCUGCUCUCAUUGCUGGUGCGCAGCCGGCUGCCAGGCUGUGCGGCAAUCACCCUCCUUGGGAAUAAACGAGACCUCGAACACGCCAGGGAGGUCCACGCAGAGGAGGGUCAAGAGUUGUCGUUGCGGUUCGGUUGCCAGUUCUACGAGGUGUCUGCGGCGGAGUCUUGCGCGGGUGCGGCGCUCGCCUUCCAUGCGCUGCUACGCGAGGCACGUGCGCUGGCGUUGUUACUGCCCACGCCGCGCCGCAAGCUUGCGGCCUACUCCGUCUCUAAGGUCAUCGGCACGAUAUUCGGCAAAAACAGCAAAAGCGUCCGAAAGAAACGACCAUCGUUAAGCAUUUAAGUUUACUUUAUUUAUAAAUUUAAUAUUAUUUUUAAAACCAUAGACUGUUUAAUUUUUAUAUUAGAAUAGUUGGAUAUUUUGCAAACAUUACUUGAUAUUAAAUGUGGAGUUCAAUACGUUAUUUUUUUGUCUAUGAUUCGAUAGUAAAAUUUAAAUAUUGUAAAAGAUUCUACUAUUUAAGUAAUAAACUAUAAAAUUUGCUACCUAAAUACAUGUGCGAAAUAUUGAUAUUUUAUAACUGAUUUUAAUUUUUUGAUUUAUUUAACUGCAAUAUAGACUUCAACUACUUUUGUACAUAGUUUAUCAAAACCUUGUUCAGUUAACUAUAAAAUAGAUUUAACUAUUUGGUUUAAUAGUUCAACAAUCAUCAGAUUUUUGGGCCUAGGUUAGACGAUUGUAUCCACCUUAAAUUUUUUAGUUAGUAACUUAGUUUUUGUCGCAUAAAAACAUUGUCUCGAUAGUUUAUUUUUUGUUUUUGUAAAAAAAACCUCGCAUUAGUUAUAGAUGGAGUGUAAACGAUUACUUUGAUAAUUGUAAAUAUUAAGAAAUAAGAGCCUUUUUGUAAGUUAAAAUUAAGUUAAACAUAAUUAAAAUAAGUCUCAUUAAAAAUGUGAGAACAAUUUGA